CCUACAUUAUUAUUCAGUCGUGUACCAGAACCAGUAAUGGCAAUACAGACUUGAAUUUGAAGUUUUUGAACAAUUAGAAGCAAUCGGCGUUACAAACAAAAUUUGACCUCUCAAAUGGCAACACUCUCUCAUUCAGACCUAUAAAUGCAUCAAGAGACACUCGUUACGAAACAAAGCAGAAGAAGCAGAGGAGACAAAGGAGACGAAGGAAGAAGACAUAUUAUCUCUUCUGGUUUCACACCUCUCUUUGAUCCUUCAAUCCAUAAAAAACAACGACAAAUCCAAAGGAAAACGCAAUCUCAAUCAAACCCACAAAACCAACCUCUUCUUCAAAUCCAAAUCCCACCACCAACAUCACCAAACCCACCACUAUUGACCCACCAACCUGACUUUCAAUCUUACCAUGAACAAGAACAAACCUUGUUCAGUAAUCCUUCAGCAACACAACAACCCCUUAUCUCAACACCCCACAAGAGGCUAACAAUUAUGGCUCAAUCACCACCUUCUUCUACCUCUCACUCCCCUACACUCUCCUCUCUCCAUGGCAACCCUAGCCAGUCAAAUUCUCAUAAAAAAACAAUCUGGAACACUAUUACCAUCCCACUGACUACUAAAUUAUCUAUCAAGACUCUAGCUCAAAAAGUCCUUUUCCAUUUCAGCCAUGCUCGUCUGCUUUGUGUACAUUUGACGGUUUUGAUUCUUAUUGUUUUGCCUUCUUUUUACUUCUUUCUAUCAAAUCAUCGUCGCUUGUUUAUCAUAAAUUUGCUUUUCAUUCUUGCUUUCUCAAUUACCCUUUUAGCAUGUCUCAAUCUUGUGCUUCCUCGCUUGCCUUCUCUUCGUUUACUUGUAGCUCGUUCAUUGCCAAAUAAAUUCAAGCCAACACCUUUACCUACAAAGGCUACGAAACCUGUGGUUUGGUCAAUUGGGUCUAAGCCAAAAAUACAAAACAAGCCAUAUUCAGGGUCAUGGGUUCAGGGUUAUAGUAAUGGUGAUGUUUAUGAGGGUGAAUUUCAUAAAGGGAAGUGUUCAGGGAGUGGGGUUUACUACUAUUAUAUGAGUGGGAGAUAUGAGGGUGAUUGGGUAGAUGAGAAGUAUGAUGGCUAUGGAGUUGAAACAUGGGCUAAAGGGAGCAGAUAUAGAGGGCAGUAUAGGCAGGGUUUAAGGCAUGGAAUUGGGGUUUAUAGGUUUUAUACAGGUGAUGUUUAUGCUGGUGAGUGGUGUAAUGGGCAGUGUCAUGGGUGUGGUAUUCAUACUUGCGAGGAUGGUAGCAAGUAUAUUGGGGAGUUCAAGUGGGGUGUCAAGCAUGGUCUUGGUCAUUACCAUUUCAGAAAUGGGGACACAUAUUCUGGGGAAUAUUUUGCAGAUAAGAUGCAUGGUUUUGGAGUCUAUCAGUUUGGAAAUGGACAUCGGUAUGAAGGAGCAUGGCAUGAGGGAAGGAGGCAAGGGCUUGGCAUGUACACUUUCAGAAAUGGAGAAACACAAUCUGGUCACUGGCAAAAUGGGAUUCUUGAUGUAUCCACUGUAGAGAAUGGCAAACCUGAGUCUCCAAAUGCUAUUAGUCAUCCUAAAGUUGUUAAUGCUGUCCAGGAAGCAAAGCGAGCUGCUGAGAAAGCAUGUGAUGCAGCAAGGAUAGAGGAGAGGGUGAACAAAACUAUUGCAUAUGCUAACAAAGCAGCCAAUGCUGCAAGAGUUGCAGCAGUUAAGGCCGUCCAAAGACAAAUGCACCACCAGAACAGUGAUGAUGUACCAACUCCUUUUGUUUAAUCUUAAAGGGUUUUGGGGCUUCUUCAGAAUCAUGCAUCUGCUAUCGGUUGAAUACCACAGCAUAACGUUCUGAUGAGAACUGAAAAGGAACAAGGAAAUGCUGCAAAACAACAUUUUUGCUGCUACUUUUGCAGUUGCGUCAAAUUUUGAGUGGGAAUAUUUUCAAUCAUGUUUUAAUGUAUGAUACAGGUGGUUGGUACCUGCUUGGAACCACAUUUUAGUCACCGGAAGAGAUGGCUGAUUGAGGAGCAAGACGGGGACCCCCACUUCCUAAUGGUCUCGAUACUUUGUAUCUACGUUGGUAGAGUCUUAUGAAUGUUGUUGUUGUUUAUCAUUUAAUUUCCUGUUAUGAUAAAAAGUAUUUGGUACCUACGUGGAACCACAUUCAGCAAGUAGAGGCUAUGACUGAUUGAGGAGCAAGAUGGAUUCUACCUUUUCCUAUUGGCCUCGAUACUAUGUACAUAGGUUGAGUGGGUUGUUUAAGAUUGAAGGUUGUGUAAUAGGCUUACAAGUCAAGUAUGGCAAUACCAUUGAUCACAGGGUGUGCCUAAACCUUUUAACUUGUAAAUGUAAUUGGUUGUAUCUGUACUUCCUGCACGGAAUGAUGCAGCCGUAUUAUGAGUGGUUUAUACGAGAAGUUGAAGCACCCACCUUCUCUGGAGAAUUUGAUCCAUAA